CAGAAUCCCCCUCUUCAACUGCCGCCAUUGUGGUGAUAGGAUUGUGGAUUUCGACAUGUCCUCCCACAAGACCUUCCGCAUCAAGCGCUUCCUCGCAAAGAAGCAGAAGCAGAACCGGCCGAUCCCGCAGUGGAUCCGCAUGAAAACCGGCAACAAGAUCAGGUACAACUCCAAGAGGAGACACUGGAGGAGGACCAAACUGGGCCUGUAACUGCAGCUCCCUGCCUCGCCAGCGCCCCCUGUCUUCCACCCACCACCCAUCCAGAGAUGCGCCCUCCGACCCACAUCGACAGUCUGUCCUGUACAGCCGACCUGCUCACACUCGUAUGUGUACAAUAAAAGUGAGGUUUGGUGAAA